ACAAAUAAAUGUAACUAGGUUUGAUUCUUAAAAGACAAACUUAAAAUAAUCAAUGAAAAUUUGAAAUAAUCAAGGGAUUCUUAAAUUAUUAAGAAUUACUUAGACACUAACUUAUGAAAUUAGUAAGUACCAACUGGUAGAUGACUAGAUGUCUAGAUGGAUGAGAGGUUCCCAUCAAAUUAUUUUUGGAUUAAAGUUGAGGAAUCCUAUAUAGUGCCUUAAUUUAGGUUGUUACCUUUUACUCGUGUCCUCCACAUAAUUCUAAAUAUUUCUAAAGAGCUGAUGGACAUGUACUUGAUGGUGUAUAAGUUGUACUUUAAGUUUAGGGUGCAUUGAAAGCAUACUCCUAACUGUCUUUCACACCAAGCAUCUCUCUUCAUCUCUAUCUCUUCAUCUUUCUAUUUGUUUAUAUGUGUGUCUGAAAAAUAGAGAAAAAUUUGACUGAAGAAUGGAAGUGGGAAAUUUAGGUAGAGGUUUAAUGGUGCCAAUGUUGGCAGUUAACUUUGUAGUGUAUAUAAUUGUGGUUGGACUUGCUGGUUGGUCUAUUGACAAGUACAUCGAUGGCCAACAAAACCAUCCUCACUUGGGAGGGAACCCAGCGACAACAUACAUGUUAGAGUUCGGAUUACUUGGUGGCUCAGUAGGACUGUGCUCACUGGUCAUUGGGGUCAUGCAUCACCGAGCAUGGAAUAGUGCCAGUUUGGCCAGUGCUUCAUCCUCAGCAUUUAUCUCUUGGGCUAUUACUGCUGUUGCCUUUGGUUUUGCCUGGAAGGAGAUCAAAUUGGGCGGACGAAGAGGAAAACGCUUGCAAACACUGGAAUUGUUCAUCACGAUUUCAACAUUCAGUCAACUGUUGUAUCUAAUGCUUCUGCAAGCUGGAGUAUUUAGUCGCAAGUAUAGACCUGAUCUUCUUGACCACGGAGAUGGCAUGGUCACUCAGCGAGCACCCAACCAGCCCCAGCCUAGCACGUCGUCUAUGGAGUAAUACAAGAUUUCAUAUAAUGUACAUAUUGUAUGACAUAAUCAGGGCACAAUUUGUGUAUAUAGUUGGGAGCAAUAGAAAAUCAAGUGUAUUGGUGCUGUUUGAAUUGUAACUUGUUUUUUUUUAUUUUAAAGACACAAUCUCUUUUUCGAUGUGUCACAAUCAAAUGCUAAUACCACUAGGCGAAAGACCCUU